AGAGUCUAAGUGGUGAGGUUUGAAACCGCUAAUCCGGUUGUGCACUAAUCACCAUGGUUGACACCCGUAGUGGAAAGAGCACUAGCCCCUAUACCCAGGCUCAACAGGAGCAGAUGACCGCCUUAGUAAAAGAGAAUAGAGAGAGGAAAGAGCUCCUAAAGCAAGCGAAAAUGAAAGCGAUCGCAAAGGAGCAGGCGGCGAAGAUGAAGAAACUGGAGGAGGAGAUGGAGGAGAAGAAAAAGGCUGCUGAGGAAGAAGCGGCAGCAGAGGAAGCAAAAGAAAGAAGACACAGGGAAGAGAAAGGGGAGAGUAGUGGCACGACGAAUGCGGAUGCAAAGAUGGAGAAAAAAACCAGUGAGUGGAUCGCUAAUUUAUCGUUGGGGGAAGACGAGGAGGCACAGUUGUAUGUGCCACAGGAUGAGAAGGAGGCGUUUGCCAGGGCACUUGCCACAAUUGAGGACCCCCUGGAAUGGCAAGAGGCAGAGGAAGAGAAGAAGUUGGAGUGGAAGCUGAGGAUGAAGAGGGAAAAGAAGAGGAGGAGGGAGGAAGUUAACCGGUUGACCGCAGAGGUGGGAAAGGUGAAAGCCUGUAGACAAGAGGUGCAGGCGCAGGCAGAUGUCUCUGUCAAAAUGGACAAGAUGUUGGGGUACCUGGAAGUAUUGAGUGAGGCCUGGCUGGAGGAUCGCCAGGCCAACUGGGGUCACGAUGUGGCCCUGAGUGCUAUGCGGUCAGGGUUUCGAGAGUUUGCGCGUGACAUGGUUACCCACGUUGGGGCCGAAGUCAGGCGGUUAAGGGAGAAUGUGGGGAAGUUAUGUGAAGGCGCCAUUGAGGGUGCCAAAGCAGUAACCACCAUUCAGAGCGAGGCCAGACCCCGCAAGGACCCCGUUAAAGUUGCUGUCGUGUGUCACAAGUCCGCAGUUUCCCUCUAGACGGUCCAUGAUCCCUCCGGACAUGGACGGAAGAUA